AUGACGAGCGCGUUUACAACUCAGGGAAUGUAUCAAUUGGGUGGAGGCGAUGUUGCCUAUUGUUCAUUUGAUUUCUCUAUUCUUCAAUUCAAUCACUACGAAAAAUUCUUCAAUGCUUUGCCAAAUUUUUUAUAUAAAAAAGUUAAAAAAGUAAGUUUCAACUGCGAUUUCGAAUUCAACUAUUCAAAAUCUGGACAUAAAAGUGAACGAUGUGAGAAUAUAAUUGCCGAAUCAAUUGCAAACAAAAAACCAAAAUUUAUUCCGUAUCUUGUCAAAAUUUUGAAAAUCGUAUUGCCUAAGACAAAAAUACUCAAAUCAAUCGAAUUUUCAUCCAUGAAGAUUCCUCGAGGUAUGUUGUCUGUUUUAUUGAAAUCAAUCGCAAAAUGUCCGACAUUAGAGUUUGUACGCUUUAUCAAUGUUCCUGUAACAGAUGAUCAUCUUACAUCAUUCCUUCCACGUAUAAAUCCAUACCAAUACCAAGAAGUUUCCUUUGUUUCUUGUGGAAUUACGUCCAGAUCAAUUCCAAACAUCAAAACCUUCAUUAGAAAGAGACCAACAACAAGUAUUGUUGAUAGAAGAUUAUCAACACUUUGCCUUGAUGGCAAUUAUAUUACAGAAGAUGAAAUAAACAGCGUUCAGAAAUUAUUACAAACAGAUCAAGACUUAACAGAUGGAAAUGGCGAACCAGAUGUAACAAUUGAUAACGCUACAAUCGCUACUACAACAAUGGACGACGAUCGCUUCAUGAAACACGUUCCUCCGCCACUUUUCAAACCAAUUACACCAAAUGUUACGAAAUCAGAGAAAUCAGUCUCUCCAAAAUCAGUAAACUCUCACAAACUUAACGAUAGUGAGCAAAUCAAAGCGGAACAGCCAAGGCCUCUUGUUUCAUCAACACAAGAAUCUGAUUACAGCGACUACUCUUACACAGGUGAGGAGGAAGAAGAUUAUUCAUAUGAUGGUAUUGAAUAUAGCGAUACUCCAACAAAUGAUGAAGAUUUGGCUUCUCAAAACGCAUUACUCAGAAAAAGGCUGAAGAACCUUAUGCAAAAGAAGAAGGCCUUGCUUUAUGCUGAUGAUGUUUUCUUCGUCGGCGAAAGAGCUCAGGAUUUGGCUGAGCUUGUUAGUGAUAUGAAAGAAAGAGCAGCUCAAUUAACCGGAACUAAUGAAAACUGA